AAAGCAUGUGACCAUGUGAUCACACUCACUGAUGCCAGACAGACCGAGAAAACUUGUGACCAAAACAGCAGGGGAGAGAAGCAGCAGCUCGGCGAGAUAAAACCCUGUACAGCAGCUCAGACAGUCCUCCUUCAAUCUCCUCAUCUCUUCAUCAGACAUCAUCAUGGACUGCGGGAUUUUCACAUCCAAGACCGUCCUCCUCUUCCUCAGCUUGAUAUUUUGGGCUGCAGGAGCAGCGUUGGCCUACGUCGGUGCUUACGUGAUCAAGAGCUAUGACAACUUUAACAGUUUCAUUCAGGACAAGUACACGAUGGUCCCAGCAGCGAUCAUCAUCUGCGUCAGCGUGGUGAUGUUCAUUUUUGGUCUGGUGGGAUGCUGCGCCACAAUCCGGGAGUCCAAAGUCGGCCUCACGUUUUUCUUUCUGAUCAUCAUGGGGAUCUUUGCAGCUGAAGUGGCUGCUCUGGUAUUUAGCUUCAUCUACCAAGGCAAGAUAAACGCGGACCUGGAGCGCUCUAUGAAUGACGUCUUCAUGAAGUAUGAUGGAGAGGGUCCUGAGACCUCAGCUGUGGACCUCCUGCAGAAUCAGUUGCAGUGCUGUGGUGUCAUGAAUUACACCAGCUGGUCCAACACUUCCUGGUACAAGAACCACAACAACACCGUGCCUGUGUCCUGCUGCAAAAACAGCACACAGUGCACCGGCAGACUGGACCAACCAAAUCUGCUUAACACACAGGGCUGUGAGGUGCAGCUGGCUCAGCUCCUACACGAUGUGUUGGGUUACGCCAUGCUGGUCAUUCUUGGCUUCGCCAUCGUCAAGUUCUUUGGGAUGCUGAGCGUUUGUGUGAUCACCUGUAGAGCUAGCAACCGGAGGAGCGGCUACCAGCCUCUGUAUGCCUGAACCACUUCCUGCAACCAUCUACCACCUCUUCAUGUUGCUGGACUAGGUUUGCUGACCACUCACUCAGCCGUGUACAGACACAUCCAGGCCAAUCAUUGUACAAAUAUAAAGUUUUAUUUAAAUAACGGCAUAUAAAGUAUAAUUAAGUGGCAGACCUUGUCUCAGUGUAAAGGGGAUCUUGCCAGAGCAUUCCUCCAUAUAUGAAAUCAGCGCAAAUGUUCCUCUGGCUGCUGAAUGUGGCUUUAAAUUUUGAGUUACUGUCUAAAUUUCCCUGUUGGAUAAAGUUUCCGAUGGUUGAGCAGCCAAAGGUCCCUGUACUGUCUCAGCCCAACUACUGUGUUAUUAUUUGGACUAAUGAUGAAGGACUUCAAACUAUAUUUUAAGUGUUAUGUGAUUGUGAACGAAAGGACAGCGGUUUAAUGCCUUAUUUAGGAUUGCAAUAUUUAUAGCCAACUAAAUACAGUAUACAUAUAUAUAUACAUAUAUAUAUAUAUGAAGUUUUAUGGUCAGUUAACUGUAUUAAUUAAGUGACAGUUCUACAUCACUAGACUUUGGUUGUUUAUUAUGUUUCUAAAUUAAAAAGGUGAAAAUGUCACAAUAAUUUGGAAUUUGGUGCAGUUAUUUUUUUUUUUUUUAUUCAUUUUUAUUUGGAGACAUGUUUGUAGCAUGAUGUAAUGAGCAGCAUGUACUUAAAAGAGUGUUUUAAUUUUUUUCUUUUUUUAAGUGUACAUAUACAAUAAACAUUGUGCCCGCACACCCACCCAGAAUUUGGUGCAGUUAUAUCACA